AACUUAACUGGAGGAAUCGAUCCAUUUUUUUUGAUGUGAAGACUUCAUCACUGACAUCUGUAUGUCCAUUUGUCAGCCUCCUUAAAUAAUACAGCUUUUUAGUGGCAAUAACUGCUUUAGCUACACACUGACAUUUUAUCUGAAAACCAACAAAAAUCCCAACAGACAAAACCCAACAAAUCUCUAGAAGACUUGUGUCAAAUGACGUCAAUGGCCAGUUUGUUCUCCUUUACUAGCCCAGCUGUAAAGCGUCUGUUGGGCUGGAAACAAGGAGAUGAAGAGGAAAAAUGGGCAGAAAAAGCUGUCGAUGCUUUGGUGAAAAAGCUGAAAAAGAAAAAAGGUGCUAUGGAAGAACUAGAGAAAGCCUUGAGCAGCCCAGGCCAGCCCAGCAAGUGCGUUACGAUCCCCCGCUCCUUAGAUGGACGACUUCAAGUGUCUCACAGAAAGGGCCUUCCCCACGUCAUUUACUGUCGUGUCUGGCGUUGGCCUGACCUGCAAAGCCAUCACGAGCUGAAGCCAUUGGAUAUUUGUGAAUUUCCUUUUGGAUCUAAGCAGAAGGAAGUCUGCAUCAAUCCAUACCACUACAAGAGGGUGGAGAGCCCAGUUCUACCUCCAGUGUUAGUGCCUAGACAUAGUGAAUUCAAUCCCCAGCACAGUCUGCUAGUGCAGUUCAGGAACCUCAGCCACAACGAACCACACAUGCCACACAACGCGACGUUUCCAGAUUCCUUCCAGCAGCCCAACAGCACUCCAUUCUCCAUUUCACCAAACAGCCCCUACCCACCCUCACCAGCCAGCAGCACUUACCCAAGCUCCCCAGCCAGCUCUGGACCAUCCAGUCCAUUUCAGCUACCAGCUGAUACUCCACCUCCUGCAUAUAUGCCCCCUGAUGAUCAAAUGGGGCAGGAUAAUUCUCAGUCUAUGGACACGAGCAAUACAAUGAUCCCUCAAAUCAUGCCAAAUAUAUCUACCAGGGACGUUCAGCCUGUUGCCUAUGAAGAACCCAAGCACUGGUGUUCCAUCGUGUAUUACGAGUUGAACAAUCGUGUUGGGGAGGCUUUCCAUGCAUCUUCUACAAGUGUCUUAGUAGAUGGGUUUACAGAUCCCUCCAAUAAUAAAAACAGGUUCUGCCUAGGUUUGCUCUCCAACGUCAAUCGCAACUCGACAAUCGAGAACACGAGGCGACACAUUGGGAAAGGAGUUCAUCUCUACUAUGUUGGUGGGGAAGUCUAUGCUGAGUGUUUAAGUGAUAGCAGCAUAUUUGUACAGAGCAGGAACUGCAACUACCACCACGGCUUUCACCCAACAACUGUGUGCAAGAUUCCCAGUGGAUGCAGCCUGAAAAUCUUUAACAAUCAGGAGUUUGCUCAGCUUUUAGCUCAGUCUGUCAACCACGGAUUUGAGGCAGUGUAUGAGCUCACCAAAAUGUGCACCAUCCGAAUGAGUUUUGUAAAGGGCUGGGGAGCUGAGUAUCACCGACAAGAUGUCACGAGCACCCCGUGCUGGAUAGAAAUUCAUCUUCAUGGGCCCCUUCAGUGGCUGGAUAAAGUACUCACACAAAUGGGUUCUCCUCUCAAUCCCAUCUCCUCGGUUUCAUAGUGCUGAAAUUCCACCUCCAGCCUUAUUUUUAGCGAACUUAUUCUAAUUCUAGAGAAACUUCCAGUGUGGAUACUGUGAGCUAUAUGGAGAAUGGAUCUUAGGUUUAACUGUUUUUUUUUAAAAUCCCUUUGUGACCAAUUCCAUUGUGUAUAGCUAAUCAGUUUUACAUUUCAAUUUGUUCCUGUGAUGCUUAAGUGACCGUUGAGCCCUAAGGGAGAAAAAGUCUAUUGAAAUAUUCAGAACACUUUUCCCCUCCUUCCCCUAGAACUUAAACAGGCAUAUGUCUUAACUGGAAAACUUUCUUCAUGUCCUGUUAGGGACAAGAAUCAUGAAGACUGACUUCAGAAAAUAAAUACGUAUCAUAGUUUGGGAUUAUUUUUUAAAUGUUUAUGAAACUGAACAUGUGCAGCUCCAGCUUGCAAGCCUUAUUUUUAGCAUAGUUGUUCAACAUCUUAAAUUUGACAUCUGUCAUAAGCAAA